UUUGCUGAUUUCAUUGAAAAACGACAUUUCGUAACAAAAAGAUUUUGAAAAAAAAAAAAUAUUUUUAAAAAUGAAAUUAUUGAUCGUUGGCAUUUUGUGCGUGUCCACUUUGGCUUAUGUAUCAGGUGGAAAGACGCCCACAACAAAAACAGCGAAAACCGCUCCAAAAAAGGCAGCACCAAAAGAUUGUAAAACAUACAACGAUGUACUUGAAUACUUUAAAUCAAUGGAACCGAUUACAAAGGAUGUUGAAUUUCACGAUAAUUGGUUUGAUAUGGAGCGUGUACUCGAUUUGUAUGACUAUGCUGAGUCAGAUAUGUGUGGCAAAGAUCUUAGCAGUGUGUUGAAUACCAUUGUUGAACAAAUUCGUGGACUUGGUCUUGCAUUUGAAGGCGUUAAUUUGGAUGCGGGACAUCCGAAUAGCGAGAAAGAACCAACACCACAUGAAUUAUUCGUUAAGAAAAAGAGUUUUUUUGAAGGUGCAAAAGCAACACCACAUCUUAAAAAAUUGUGCCCAUUGAUGAAUACCUUGUAUGCAGGACAUCAAAAAUAUGAGGCCAAUCUUUUGAAAUGUUAUGAUCAUUUGGCAUCGAAUUAUACACCGAAAUCCAUUGAAAUAAAUGUGUUGGUGAGCUCAUUGGCAGACGUUUUGAAACCAGCUUUGAAAGCUAACACAGCGAUCGAUUCAAAAUCAACUGAAGAAGCAAAGAAAAUUGCUCAACACAUUAUCAAUAAACUCAAUGACGUUCGUACUUUCAUGAAUUCAUUCAUUGGCUGUGCCGAAAAAGAAGUGACCACGAUGAAAAAGCAACAUCAUGAGUUUAACACCAAAUUCAAUGCAAUUAAAUAAAUUGACCAUCAAUGAAUUCACUGAUGUUCUAUAAUAUUAUGAAAGCUAACAUUUGAUGUAAAGAAAUAAAAUGAUCGAUUUUAUAUCGGGAAA